AACGAAGCGCCCGACCUGGUUCGACCGACCGAGAGAGACCGAAGCCCUCUUCGCGCUGACCCCUACACGGAGCGGCGGCGCGGCGAGCUCAGCCGCCUCCGUCCAAGCGCGGCGACUUCCAAGUUCCAACCCACACGCGAGUUCCCCCCGUCCCCCAGAGCGCCGAGGAUUGUUCUCACCCAGCGGCGGCAGUUGUUUUCGCCUGCCCUCCCGUGCCGUCACAUUCCUUUCGCGCAAGGGCAGCCGAGCUCCGGCUGACGGCGGCACGGCGGGCACCGGGCGAGCAGCCGUACCGACUAACCACGCGGCGGAAUCAGCGGCGCCGCUAAAGCGCCUGUCAUCUCCUACCGCUCUCCGGGACCGAUAGAUUCGGCGCCCACGCGGCCACGAUGUUGCGGGCCGCCGCCGCCGCCCGCCGUGCUGCGGUGGCCGCCUUCUCCACCUCCGCGGCGAGGACGGAGACGGGCCUGUACGGCUUCGACGUGCUGCGCACGGCCAAGGGCUUCCGCCGCUUCGUCGACGAGGCCAUCCAGCGGUCGGACGAGCUCGUUGCCCACAUUGCGCAGCUGCCGCCGUCUGCGGAGAUUGUUCGCACCAUGGAUGAGAUCUCCAACACUGUUUGCUCGGUCAUUGAUUCGGCGGAGCUGUGCAGGAACACGCACCCAGAUAGGGAGUUUGCGGAGGAAGCAGAUAAGGCAUCAAUGAGGAUUUACGAGCAUCUUCAAUACCUGAACACAAAUACCACUUUAUACAACGCGAUACUAAAAGCUGAGAGCGAAGGUGCCCUGCUCUCAGAGGAAUCUCAGAAGGCAGCAAAUAACUUGCGUGUCGACUUUGAGAAAGGAGGGAUUCAUCUUCCCAAAGAUAAACUUGAGCGUGUUAAUCAGCUGAACCUUGCAAUUGCGCAUCUGGGUAGAAAGUUCAAUGAAAAUGUUAUGAACAAACCAGGUUUUGUGGAUAUAUAUCCAGCUUCGCGUAUUCCAAGGAAUAUACAACAUAAUUUCAAACCUAUUAGUCGUUUUAAACCUAGGGGUGUUGAAGAACAGAGCAAUGCAAUGAACGCUACAAGGCAAAAGGGUAUAAGGAUAGUGACAGACUCAGGAUCUGUAUCAUCAGCACUGAGAUGGGCUUCGGAUGAGGAGGUCAGGAGACAGGUAUAUGUUGUAGGAAACUCUGAACCUCGUGAAAACAUUGGUGUUCUUGACGAACUUAUAGAUGCUCGUGAUGAGUUUGCAAAGACUAUGGGUUGCAGAUCAUAUGCUGAAUUUGCUAUUCGUCCUAACAUGGCUGCAUCUGUCGAUGUGGUCAUGUCAUUUCUCAACGAUUUGAGUGACACUGUUAGGCAUAAAGCUGAUGAGGAAUUUAAUACUAUAAAAGAUUUUAAGAGAAGAGUAUGUAAUGACAAGAGUGCUGAUCUUGAACCAUGGGAUGAGGAUUAUUUCAUUGGAAUGAUGAAAUCAUCUGCGCAUACUGUGGAUCCCUCGGUUGUUGCAUCGUAUUUUCCAUUGUCCCAAUGCAUAAAGGGCUUAAACGUGCUGGUGGAAUCAUUAUUUGGUGCCACAUUUCAUCAAGUUCCUAUGGGGGACGGAGAGUCGUGGCAUCCUAAUGUGAUAAAGCUGUCUCUCCAUCACCCUGAUGAGGGUGAUUUAGGAUUUAUGUAUCUCGAUCUCUACUCCAGAAAGGGUAAAUACCCAGGAUGUGCUCAUUUUGCAAUCAGAGGGGGCCGGCGAUUGUCUGGCACGAACUACCAACUUCCAAUCAUUGCAUUGGUAUGCAACUUCUCGAGUUCUAGGGGAUUAACUGCGAGGCUCAACCAUUGUGAUGUCGAAACUCUUUUCCAUGAGUUUGGCCAUGCCCUUCAUUCUCUGCUAUCAAGAACGGAAUAUCAGCAUUUCUCUGGUACUAGAGUUGCUCUCGAUGUCGCUGAAACACCCUCAAACCUUUUUGAGUUCUAUGCGUGGGACUACCGUGUCUUGAGGACAUUUGCUCUAGAUGAAACAACUGGUGAUCCAAUACCAGAAAAGCUGGUAAAGGCACUAAACGCUUCUCGAAACAUGUUUCCGGCUACUGACCUCCAGCGACAGGUUUUUUAUUCUAUAAUGGACUUAACUUUGUUUGGGGAGCACACAUCGAAGCCGGUGGACACAAUUUCUGCUGUUGCGGAUUUGAAAAGAAAGCACACGAGUUGGAAUUAUGUAGAAGGCACUCACUGGCACACUCGGUUUUCUCAUCUUAUAAACUAUGGCGCUGGGUACUAUAGCUAUCUCUAUGCUAGAUGUUUUGCCACAACUAUAUGGCAAGAAGUAUGCCAAGGUGAUCCAUUGUCCCGCAGCACAGGUAGCGCGAUUAGGGACAAGUUCUUAAGACAUGGUGGGGCUAAGGAUCCAUCUGUCUUGUUGAAAGAUUUUGCAGGUGAUUCCGUCAUUAAAAACUCUGGCGGCGGAAUAAUCCCUGACAUUAGCUCAUUGUGUAAAGAAGUUGGUUUGUGAAAUACCACCAAGGGCGCAUACUGGGAUCAUUAUUUUUUGACACUGAGAUUGAUUAAAAGCAAAGGGCCAAUAACUCGAAACCAAAGGCAGGGAGAGCAUGUUGGAGUUUCAGGAGCUUGAUCUCCUGGCCAGGUGCCACAGGAUAGCUGAAGGUGUAGAAGAUACAGCUGGGAUAGUUAUAUGAGGUUCUUGACAAGGAACUUAUUUGCGAUUUCGAGAUCCUAAAUAUAUUUCUUGUUCACAUAUUAGAUCAACUGAGUGUAUCCUCUCUUACUGAUGAUCAAACUCUAGAAGUCAACUAUAUAUGCUGAUGCAUGCUGAGAGAAUGAUCUGUCAGAUGUGUUCUUUGAGAUCA